AUGCCAACCGAGCCCAGCCCGUACGGAGUGCUCUACACCCCCGACCCGACCGCCUCGUCUAUCCCCGCGAAGAGCGUCGACGAGCUCCUCACCCCCGCCAUCAAGUUCGUCCGCAUCCAGUGGAUCGACUUCAUCAACACCGUCCGCUUCCGCGUCGUCCCCGCCAGCUACUUCCGCGCGCUCUACGCCAACCCCGCGUCCCGCCCUGGCGUCGGCCUCGGCACGGUCGCCCUGGGCCUCGUCGGGCUCGCCACCGCCCCGGGCUUCUCGCCCGUCGGCGGGUACAUAUACGUGCCCGACCUCGCGAGCUGGCGCGUCUGCCCGUACGCCCCGGGCCACGCGUCCGUCAUGGGCUGGUUCGAGGAGAGGACCCCGAGCCCGGAGACGGGCCUGUCCGUCGCGAUCUGCCCGCGGACGAUCCUCGACAGAUUGGUGAAGGAAGCGCAGGACAAAGCGGGAGUGUCGUUCCUCAUAGGUAUGGAGUUCGAGUUCAUACUGGUGACGCAGAUAAGGCCGGAGGUCGCGUAUGCGUCCAACGCCGACUGGUCCACGUCCGCGAAGUUGCGCACGGGGAGUGCCGAGACGCAGGCGCUCGAGGAGAUCGCGCAAUGCCUCCUCGUCGCCGGCAUCGAACUUCAGAUGUACCAUGCGGAAGCAGCCCCGGGACAGUAUGAGAUAGUCACCGGCCCUCUCGCGCCUCUGGAGGCUGCCGACGCAGUCGUGUUCACAAGAGAGGCCAUCUACAACAUUGCCCACAAGCACGGCUUCAAGGCCACGUUCGCACCGAGGGUUCACAACAACUCCGCCGGCAGCGGCGCGCACACCAACAUCUCGGUGCACGGCGGCAAUAACGCGCCUCGCGCCGCAGACGCUGCGAGCGCGCCCAAUCUCACACCCGCCGAGCGGUCUUUCCUCCAAGGUGUCCUCGCGCACCUCCCGGCGAUCUGCGCCCUGACGCUUCCCACUGCAGCGUCGUAUGCGCGCAUGCAAGACGGCAUCUGGUCCGGGGGCACGCUCGCCUGCUGGGGCACGGAGAACCGCGAGUCUCCAGUCCGGCUCUGCGGCCCGCAGGGCCACUAUCGCUUCGAGGUCAGGCCCGUGGACGGGACUGCCACGCCGCAUCUUGCGUUCGCAGCGUUGCUUGGGGCGGGCUUGAGGGGUAUCUUGGAUGGCGCGGUACUGACGACGGGCGACUGUCCGACGCCGGCGUUCCAGAUGAGCGAUGCAGAGAAGCGGGCAGUGGGCCUGGCGAAUGCGCUUCGAUUACCCCAGACGAUUGAAGAUGCGCGUAAGUCGCUUGGCUUGGACGCCGUUCUGAAGACCGCGCUUGGCGAGGAGUUCAUCGAGAAGUACUUGGGCCUCCUGCAGACAUUUAUGACUGGAAAUAACGACAAGGAGACGAUCGAGAAACUCAUCGAAUACUUCUGA